AUGAUUGCUGGAUCGAUCGCCAGUAAUGUUUUGAAGAAUACGGUUGAGAACACUGAUGAUGUCGCAACAACAACACGUGUGGCCAGCCCAGAGCUGUGCAUGUGUGAGGACAACGCAGCCAAGUGUGGCCAUGCCAUGGACUCAAGUGUCUGCUUUGGCCUGUUCAGCCACCACCUCUACCAGUGCGUGACCAAGGGACAUCGUCCAGUUGCCAGAUACGAGUGCGAGCACGGCUGCCAGACCUACGCUGGCUCUGACGACGCAUGCAUCCCCAAGGACACCUCGUGCACAUGCCCAGACACCGCCGACCACUGUGGCGCCUACCUCAUGACCCAGUCGGGCAAGAACUGCAGCGAGCUGGACCCAACCGCCAUUUACCAGUGCUCUGGCGCAGGCCGCUACCCCGCCUGGAGGUGGCAAUGCAAGAACGGCUGCACACAGAACGGCGUUGGCAAGAACGACACAUGCGACAAGGGUGAGCCCAACGUCGUCGGUCUGACCAAGAUCAAGCACAUCGUCAUAUUCAUGCAGGAGAACCGUGCUUUCGAUAACUACUACGGCACAAAGGCUGGUGUUGCCAACUUUGCCGACCCCAACGUGGCCGUGAUGGAGAACGGCAACCCAAUCUGGUACCAGCCGGACAAGAACUCGCCAGACACACACAACGGCCAAAAGUACGCCCUGCCCUUCCAGAUCCACGGACCAAAGGCCGGCUGCACUUCCGGAGGUACCAACGCCUGGGAGCAGAAUCACGCCGCCUGGAACCACAGCCAUGUCAACAACUGGCCACAAGGAAACAGUGUCGCCGCCAUGGGUUACCUCACCCGCCCCAACCUUCCAUUCUACUUUGAGUUGGCCGACCAGUUCUCGAUCGCCGACAUGUACUUUGAGUCGGUGAUGACCUCGACCAACCCCAACCGUAUAGUGUUGUGGAGUGGCACCAUUGACGCACGUGGCGAGACCAUCCGUGGCCCAGUCACCGACAACCAAGAGUUCCCCUUCCUGCACUGGGAGACCUACCCCGAGAUCUUGGAGCGCGCUGGCAUCUCAUGGCAGGUGUACCAGGGCGAGGACAACUUUGACGACAACGCCCUCCACUGGUUCGAGCAAUACAGACUGGCACUCCCAGAGUCCAAGCUGCGCAAGAAGGGUACCUCCUUCCUGGGCCUUGAGAAGUUCUACGAGGACGCCCUCAACGGCAACCUUCCCGCAGUCUCCUGGGUCGUUGGUCCAACUCAAUUGAGUGAACAUCCAGACAACGGUCCAAUGGCUGGCCAGUGGCUCACCCAACAGGUUGUCAACGCCGUGAAGAACUCUUCAGCCUUUGACAGCACCGUCCUCAUCGUCAAUUACGACGAGUCAGGUGGGUUCUUUGACCACGUUGUUCCUCCCAUCUCUCCAGUCGGCACCAUCGACGAGUGGACUGUUUCCGACUUUAUCAAGGACGAGCUCAAUCCAGUCGGACCAGGCUUCCGUGUGCCAGCAUUUGUCAUCUCACCAUGGUCCACUGGCGGUGUUGUCUUCACCGAGCCAACUGAUCACACAUCAACUAUCCAGUUCAUCGAGCAAUGGGCUAUUGCCAAUGGAUACAACCCAAGCGAGGUGAUGAGCCCUUUGAUCUCAUCAUACCGCCGCAACACAAUGUCCGACUUUACUCACGCUUUGGACUUCUCUGUGACCAACACCAGUGUUCCAGACACUGCACCAAUGCCCAUGCCAUCACAGGGCCCCAACGGCGCCUGGAACCCAACGACCGAGUGUGAGGCCCUCCCAGGCAACUACACCACCGUCCCAUACGGCAACCAGUCAUUCCCAAUCGUCGAGCAAGGUUUCCUCAAGGUGCGUGGAAACAACCCAGGCAUUGGCAGAACCUACGUCUUUGAGCUGGUUGGCAGCGGCAUGGCUAUGCAAGCCGACGUCGCCGACAACAUGACCAUCGUUGCCCAGCCAUCAGUGGCCAAGGACAUCACCCUCCAGCAGUUUAUCAUGCGCGUCAGCGCCUCCAACUAUGGCUACAACAUUGUGUCCUCCGAUGGACUCUGUCUGUCUGGCGCCGGCAAGCUGAUGGACUGCGAGCAUGGCGACAACUGGUUGGUACAGGAUAUGAUGAAUGGUGAGGGUUAUGCCUUCUUCAACAUCCCAACCAGCCAAUACCUCUACUUCAACUCUUUGGCAAUGUCAUUCGAUCUCACUGCCCAGAUCACAACCACCUGGACUUUGUACUCUGUCGUGCCAAACAACUAUUAA